AUGACUGUGUGGAGAGCGGUCGAGACUGGUGAGUUGGUUGUGAGCGAGGAGCUGUCGUCGUUGAGGAAGAUGUACGAUGUGGGUUUUGAGCUUGGAAAGGGAGGGCAAGGCACUGUACACCUUGUAAGCUUUAGAAUGGGUGGUAAGUUGCUAGCGGCUAAGAGCUUCGAGAGGUCGGGUGAGAGAGAGAAGGAAAUCAUGCUCAAACUCAAUGGCUGCCAUGGUACACUAGAGAUCUACGACAUGGUCGAGGAGGAGCGCAAGGGCCGCUGGUGGGGAUCCCUAAUCUUGGAGCUCUGCUCGUGCACUCUCCGGGACAGGCUAAAGAUGGUGGGGAGGCUGGCGGAUGACGAGGCGGCGUUUGUGACCAAGAGCCUGGCCGAGACGCUGAGGGAGAUGCACAACCUUGGGGUGGUGCACAGGGAUAUGAAGCUGGAAAACGUUUUGCUGACGCAUCCAGCGCAACCUUACGAGGUGAAGCUGUCUGACUUUGGGGUUGCGACUGACCGGGCCGACGAGAUGCACCACCUUUGUGGCACCCCUGGGUAUAUGUCGCCAGAUGUUCUCAGGGCUGGUGAGGGCGGAUGGCCGAAAUACUACACUCAAGCGGUGGACGUUUGGGGGCUCGGACUCAUUCUAUAUGAGCUCCUUAGCGGAAGGGUGGCGUUCCCUGAAUACCACUCUGAUUAUGUGGAGUUAUUGCUGAAAAGCGUGGACAAUGUGGAGUUCGCAUUGGAUUGGAGUGAUGUGUCGAGCGAGGCAAAGGAUUUGAUCAUGGGGAUGUUGGAGGUUUAUCCGAGCCGGAGGCUGACGGUGGAGCAAGUGCUUGGUCACCCCUGGAUCGUGAACAACACCAGCGAGCUGUUUACCAGGAACUUGAUUUGCAAGAUUAUGUAA